AUGAGUGAUUUGCCGAUUGAGUUUACGGAAUUGGUUGAUCUUACGUCGCUGGGUAUUUCCGGGAAGUCAUUAGACUUUAGGUCUACGACGUUUGAGAGUGAUCGGUUUGUUACGGUGCGUGAGACGGGCAAUGGGGUGAGUUCGGUGGCUAUUGUUGAUUUAAUGAAUGACAAUGAGGUGACGAGGAAGAACAUGGGGGGGGAUUCUGCGAUUAUGCACCCGAGCCAGAUGGUUAUUUCGGUUAGGGCGAAUGGUACGCUUGUGCAGAUCUUCAACUUGGAUACGAAACAGAAGUUGAAGUCAUUUCAGCUGGACGAGCCUGUUAUUUAUUGGAGUUGGCUGAGCGAGGAGGUUCUUGGGUUUGUCACGGCCAACUCUUUGCUUACUUGCAAUGCCUUUGAUGGGGAUGUGGGGCGGAAGCCUACGAGGUUGGCCAGCAGACAUGCUAGUUUGAACAACAGUCAGAUUAUUAAUUUUGUGGCCAACAAGUCGCUCGACUGGUUUGCGGUGGUUGGGAUCAUCCAAGAAAACGGGCGGAUUGCCGGUAAGGUGCAGUUGUUCUCCAAGGCUCGUAAUAUAUCUCAGGCGAUUGAUAGUCAUGUGGCGAUGUUUGCGUCGCUGAUGCUGGAUGGGAACACAGAACCUGUGCAGGUGUUUGUCACAGGAAACAGGAAUGUGUCCACCGGUGUUGGCGAGCUUCGUAUUAUUGAGAUUGAUCACAACAUGCAGGCAAACCCCGUUCAAUACCAAAAGAAGACUGUGGACAUCUUUUUCCCGCCAGAUGCUACCAACGACUUCCCGCUCGCAGUACAAGUAUCCGAGAAAUACGGUAUCAUUUACGUGUUGACAAAAUACGGGUUCAUUCAUUUAUACGAACUCGAAACAGGUUCGAAUCUUUUUGUUAACCGUAUCACUGCCGAAUCCGCGUUUACGGCGACUCACUACAAUAACAGGAAUGGUAUCGCGUGUAUCAACAAGAAGGGCCAAGUGCUUGCUGUUGAAAUUGAUCGCACACAGAUUGUGCCCUACGUCUUGAAUAAACUAUCCAACGUGCCUCUUGCACUGACUAUUGCAACUCGUGGCGGAUUGCCCGGGGCGGAUGAGCUCUUUCAAAAACAGUUCAAUUCUCUCUUAGACCAAGGUGAUUAUCAGAAUGCUGCAAAAGUCGCUGCAUCGUCGCAGCAAUUGAGAACACAAACUACGAUCAACAAACUAAAAAAUAUCCAAGCGCCACCCGGAGCCAUCUCGCCAAUUCUCUUAUACUUUUCCACUUUACUCGAUAAGGGCAAGUUAAACAAGCACGAGACUAUCGAACUUGCUAAACCCGUUUUACAGCAGGACAGGAAACAGCUCUUUGAGAAGUGGUUGAAAGAGGAUAAACUAGAGUGUUCGGAAGAAUUAGGUGAUGUCGUACGCCCAUUCGAUACGACUUUAGCGUUGGCAUGUUACUUGAGGGCCAAGAUCCAUGCAAAGGUUAUCACAUGUCUCGCCGAAUUACAACAAUUUGACAAGAUUUUACCGUAUGCCGACAAAGUUGGCUAUCAGCCAAACUUUGUGGUGCUGAUUUCUGAUCUAUUGAGAAGUUCGCCGGAUAAAGCUUCUGAUUUUGCAACUAGUUUGCUUCAAUCUCCACAGACCAAUUCUAAUCUUGAUGUUGAAAAGAUUGCUGAUAUGUUCUUUUCACAAAAUCAUGUCCAGCAAGGCACCUCCUUCUUAUUGGAUGCGUUGAAAGGGGACACGCCAGAUCAAGGCCAUUUACAAACACGUGUAUUAGAAAUUAAUUUACUGCAUGCUCCUCAGGUGGCGGAUGCAAUCUUGGGUAACAACAUUUUUUCACACUAUGACAGACCUACAAUUGCCGGCUUGUGUGAAAAGGCAGGGUUGUAUCAGAGGGCUUUGGAAAAUUACACUAAUAUCAAGGACAUAAAAAGGUGUAUUACGCAUACAUCUGCUUUACCCGUUGACUGGUUAGUUGGUUACUUUGGUAAGUUAAACGUUCAACAAUCUUUAGCAUGUUUGAGAGCAUUAAUGGAUGCAGAUUUGGAUGGAAACCUCCAGAUCGUAAUCCAAGUGGCUAGUAAGUUUUCAGACUUGAUUGGUUCAAGCGUUUUGAUAAAACUCUUUGAAGAAUAUAAAUCAACUGAAGGAUUAUAUUACUAUUUGGUUUCCUUAGUUAACCUCUCUGAUGAUGAAGACGUUGUAUUCAAAUAUAUCCAGGCGGCCGUUAGGAUUGGUCAAUUCCAGGAAGUGCAAAGAGUUAUCAAGAGCUCUAAUGCUUAUGAUCCUGAGAGAGUUAAAAACUUUUUAAAAGACUCUGAUCUACCAGACCAGCUGCCAUUGGUUAUUGUAUGUGAUAGAUUUGAUUUUGUCCAUGAUCUUGUAUUAUACCUGUACAAGACCAAAAAGCUCAACUUUGUAGAGGUUUACGUCCAGCAAAUUAAUCCAUCAAAGACUCCACAGGUUAUUGCCGGGUUGUUAGAUGUAGAUUGCGAUGAACAAACUAUUAAGAACUUGUUGGAUAGCGUUAAGGGACAAUAUUCUAUCGAAGAAUUGACUACCGAAGUGGAAAAGAGAAAUAGAUUAAAGAUCUUGCUCCCCAUUUUGGAAGAGACUUUAAAUAAUGGCACUCAAGACCAAGCCGUUUACAAUGCCUUGGCUAAGAUCUAUAUUGAUUCUAACAAUUCACCUGAAAAGUUUUUGAAAGAAAAUGACCAAUAUGACACCUUGAAUGUUGGUCUUUACUGUGAAAAAAGAGACCCUUAUUUAGCGUACAUUGCGUAUGAUAAAGGCACUAACGAUGAGGCGUUGAUUAGAAUCACUAAUGACAAUAUAAUGUACAAAUAUCAAGCUAGAUAUUUGUUGAAACGUUCUGCUUUGGAAUUGUGGAGUGUUGUCUUGGAUGAAGAAAACAUUCAUAGGCGUCAAUUGGUUGAAUCCAUUAUCAGUGUUGGAAUUCCAGAAUUAACGGAUCCUGAACCUGUUUCCAUCACUGUUCAGGCAUUUAUGAAUGCUGGUAUGAAGCUGGAAUUAAUUGAAUUAUUGGAAAAGAUCAUUUUGGAACCAUCCCCCUUCACUGAUAAUCAAGCUUUACAAGGCCUACUAAUGUUAUCAGCAAUUAGAUAUGAUCCAUCAAAAGUUUCUGAUUACAUUGAAAAGUUGGAACAUUACGAUGCUGAUGAAAUUGCUCCAAUGUGUGUUGAAGCUGGUUUGUACGAAGAAGCCUUUGAAAUUUAUGAUAAACAUGAAAGAUAUGAUAAAGCUUUAGAAGUGAUGGUGGAAAACAUAAUGUCAUUGGAUAGAGCUGAAACGUACGUUGAAAAAAUCGACAAACCUGAAGUUUGGUCUCAGCUAGGUUCUGCUCAAUUGAGUGGUUCUCGUAUAUCUGAAUCUAUUGAUUCUUAUAUUAAGGCACAGGACCCUUCGAAUUAUGAGAACGUUAUUAACAUUACUGAAGAAGUUGAAAAGUAUGAUGAAUUAAUUCCAUAUUUGAUUAUGGCCAGAAAAACCUUGAAAGAACCAAAAAUUGAUGGGGCUUUGAUCAUGGCGUAUGCAAAGUUGAACAAACUUAAUGAAAUUGAGAAUCUUUUGAAUGGAAAUAAUGUUGCCGAUUUAGAAGAUAUCGGUGACCAACUUGUAGAAGCUAAGAACUACAAGGCUGCAAAACUGUGCUAUUCCUCAGUUUCCAACUAUUCUAAACUUGCUACUACUCUUGUAUAUUUGAAAGAUUACCAAGCUGCAGUUGAAACAGCUAGAAAAGCCUCUAAUGUUAGAGUUUGGUGUCAGGUUAAUAGUGCCUGUAUUGAUAAUAAGGAAUUUAGACUAGCUCAAAUUUGUGGUUUGAAUUUGAUAGUUCAUGCAGAAGAACUUGAAGAGCUGGUUGCAAAAUACGAAAGUAAUGGUUAUUUUGACGAACUGAUUUCAUUAUUUGAAGCUGGUUUAGGAUUAGAAAGGGCUCACAUGGGUAUGUUUACAGAAUUAGCAAUCUUGUACACCAAGUACGAUCCACCCAAGACGUAUGAACAUUUGAAGUUAUUCUGGUCCAGAAUCAAUAUCCCAAAGGUCAUCAGGGCAACUGAACGGGCACACUUGUGGCAGGAAUUGAUAUUUUUAUACGCCCACUAUGAUGAAUGGGAUAGUGCUGCUUUAACGGUUAUUGAAAAGUCUGCCGAUAACUUCGACCAUGAUUAUUUCAAGGAAAUCAUAGUUAAGGUUUCAAACUUGGAAAUUUACUAUAGAGCUAUCAACUUUUACGUCAAAGAGCAUCCUACUUUGUUAAUUGAUUUGUUGGCUCUACUAACUCCAAGAUUGGAUAUCCCUAGAGCCAUGAAGAUAUUUACCAAAUCGGAUAACUUGCCUAUGAUCAAACCCUUUUUGAUCAGUGUUCUGCCAAAGAAUAACAGUGUCGUGAACCAAGCAUAUCAUGAUUUAAUGAUUGAAGAGGAAGAUUACAAAGCUUUGCAGAAUGCUGUUCAAUCAUAUGAUAAGUUUGACCAAUUAGGAUUGGCUGCUAGAUUAGAGAAACAUGACCUAAUCUUUUUCAAAAAGAUUGCUGCACAAUUGUACCAUAGAAAUAAAAAAUGGUCAAAGAGUUUAGCAAUUUUAACUGAAAAUAAAUUAUGGAAGGACGCCAUUGAUACCGCUGCAAUCUCUCAAAAUAGACAGGUUGCUGAAGAUCUCUUAAACUACUUUGUCGAAACUGGAAACAACGAAGGGUUUGUUGCCCUGUUAUAUUCGGCUUACAAUUUGAUUAGAUAUGACUUUGUUCUGGAAUUGGCUUGGUUGAAUGGCUUAGAGACGUUGAUUAAACCAUAUGAAAUCUCAGUUAAAAAAGAGCAAUUUUACAAUAUCCAAAAUUUAUCAAAAGCCGUCUCUAAAUUGUCCGGAAAGGAAGCUGAUAAUGCUGAACAGUUGUUAAUUACCAACGGGUCCGUUGAUUUCCAGCCAGCAGGAUUUUAA